CUCUGCCUGAAUAAAUCGAUGCCAACUUCUUCACCUGGAAAUUUUGGUCAUUUUUUAUCUUUUAAUCAAGUGUUUUUCCCCAUUUCGUUCUUUGGGUAGAACCCGUUACUUUAGCAGACAAAAAGCCUAACGUCAAGAUCAGAUUGAUUCAUUUGGAUGCCAUCAAACCCUUCCGUGUUACUCGGUGGCAUAAGGUUUAAAACGUACUUCUCCAGUUAGUUUUUUAAGUUACAAAAGUAAGCUAAGUAAGAAGUGACUAUCACUCUUAUUUUAUUUUCGCGUAAUUCCAUCGGUCAGGAACAGGAAUUAUUCGACAACAUGGCAGAUGUUGGCAUGGAGCUGGCAGAACAUCAACUCUUUUGGAAAACGCUUUUUGAAGAGAAACAGUUAGCUCCAAAAUUGGCCUUGUUGGCAACUGUUGACGGUGUUACGUACGACGACAUGCCCCAAAACGGACAAGUACAUGUCUCAGUCCAUUCCGCAUCCAAUCUCGGGGAUAAUUUUAUGAGCGACACGUUCACCGUGUCAGCCCAAUUGAAGCGACGUUACACGACCAAGACUUAUAAGGCCUUUGCCAAGAUACUGCCUUCCAACCUAUUGCUGCGUCAAGCAGCUUAUGAAUCGCACACUCAUCAUCACGAGAUGCACAUGUACCUUCGUUUCUUCGGCCUCCUGCGCGAAAUGCAUGUUGGACAACCCAUCACGCUCGAUGUCCCUAAUAUUUACUACGUCAACAUUGAAGAAAUUGUCCAAGACAAGACGGAUGGAUCAGGCACUUGCAUUGUCCUCGAGGAUCUUUCAUCGCAAGGUUAUUGCAUGUCGGAUAAAUUUGGAGGGGCUGAUUACCGGCACUGCCACAUGGCAUUAACUUCACUGGCUCAUUAUCACGCUUUAACUCUGAAUGCCGUGAGAACGUGGCAAGAUCCGUCCACUGGCGAAUUAUCCAAUUUGCCACACUCUGCAAGGUUUUUAACGCAGGAAAAGACUGUUUACGAAUUCAGUGCGGUUCAAACUGCCAAAGACUUUUGCAAUCGUAUGAUCGAGUUUACCCAAGAUGUUAAAAGACCAGACCUGGCUGAAUGGCUUCAAAAGUUGAUGGACGAUCGGCUGUCUGAAGUCGUCCUUGUUGAUACGGUGCAAUCGUGUGGACCACUGGCCUGCGUACUACAUGGAGACUUUUGGAACAACAAUAUUCUAUUCAAAUAUUCAGAUGAAGCUCAGCAAGGUGGAAUCAACAACAUUCCCGUUUCCUUGAAGUUGAUUGACUUUCAACUUUCGAGAGUUGGCCAUCCAGUGACUGACAUCCUCUAUUUCAUGUACGCCAGUGCCAAACCAGAGGUUAGACAGCGACACAUGCAGGGAUUGUUACGUCAUUAUUUUGAUACGUUGAAUGCCGACUUGCGGCUGUUUGGUGUUACACUUCAUUAUUACACCUGGCAAGAUUUUCUAAACGAUUAUAAGAAGAGAUCGUUGAUGGGCCUAAUCUUUGGUGGCUUGAUCAUGUCCAUGGGACUGGCUAAAGCCGUCGUGUCUACGAUGCAACAUUUGGAUGAGGAAGAACACCUUAAAGGGACAAGCAGCAAAGGACCUGUUAAUGAAACACAUGAAGAAGAGUUCAGUGGGAAGAGCGCCUCAUUUGAGGAGACGAUAAAGAACAUGAUGACUUCUCACAAACUGAGCGAUAAUCCAAUUUUAACUGAUCGUCUUUUGAAACUCAUCACGGAAGUUUAUAGCCUACAUAAUACGCCAUAAAUACGGAAUUCUUAACGUCCA